AUGCCGCGGCCAGGGCCAAGGCCAUACGAGUGUGUGAGAAGAGCUUGGCACAGCGAGCGUCACCAACCCAUUAGAGGUUCUAUCAUUCAACAGAUUUUCAGGGUUGUCACUGAAGCUCACACUUCCGUUACUAAAAAAAACAAGGAAUGGCAAGAGAAACUUCCUGUUGUUGUUCUCAAAGCUGAAGAAAUCAUGUAUUCUAAAGCUAAUUCCGAGGCGGAGUAUUUGAACGCUGAUACACUAUGGGACCGUCUUAAUGAUGCUGUUAACACUAUUAUACGGAGAGAUGAGACAACUGAAACUGGAGACCUUUUGCCCCCAUGUGUUGAAGCUGCACUUAAUCUGGGUUGCAAACCUGUUAGAACUUCGAGAAGUGAUCGGCAUAAUAACCCUAGGACAUACCUUGGUCCAAGACCUCAACAGGUUCCUUCAGGGUCUCCUAAGCCUGUUGUUGGAAAUCCGUUAAACUAUGGAAAAGUGACAACUUCUGCUCUUGCGCAGAAUCCUGUAGCGGAUUCUAACCAGCAUGGCAAUCAUAAUAGUAAGCUGAGUUGUUCUGGUAACUAUCCUUACAGUUUCCCACCUGGUCAUCACCAGCCAUUGACAAUGGAAGCUAAGCCCAACAUGGGUUCGGUUUACCCUCUGUACUACGGUAGCGAAGUCAGAGAGCCUCAAGUAAGGAGAACAGCAGGUGAUAAUACCUCUUCCGACACGAUCUUUGUUGGCAGACCAGUCAUUGCUCCAGUCCCCGAGUCUUCUGGAAUUGGUCUUUUGGAAAACUCCUCCUAUGGUGGUAGAUUUCAACAUGUUGCUAACAGACUUGUACAAGAAACGGCUUUAGGCACUCAGGAGUCACAGGGCAGGGAAUGUGAUUUAUCUUUGAGGUUGGGUCAGUGUCUGCAAACUUCUUCUAGCGGAAAAAGUAGUUCAGUAUUUGAAAUUGAUGGUGUUGGUUUAGGUCUUUCUCAUGAUGGAAACAUGUAUAGUCAACUGUCUUUGCAGAGAAAUAGAGAGGUAUUUCUUUAUCCUAGAGGACCUGGUUAUGGUACCAUUGACUCCAAUUCUAGAGGCAAUGUAGAGGGUGAAGAUCAGAACUUAGAAGCAAUGUAUCGGAAGCGCAAAGCACCUUUAGCUAACAAUGAGGAGGAUGGGCAAUUUUGCCGGCAUUUAGGUGUCCCAUCCAAUCGUUUUACUGGUAGGCCAGGUUCGUAG